CAAUGAGUGAGAUUUGUUCGACUCCCCUUGUAAAAACGAUGGCAUCUGCUUCGACGGCAUCAACAGCUACUCGUGCAACUGCGCCGGUGACUGGAUGGGCAAAAACUGUAGCGAGACCUACAACGCCAGCUCAUUCCUGCCUUGCAAGAAUGGAGGGAGCUGCACGACCCUGCCACUCAGUCACAGCUAUUCCUGUGCUUGUCCAAGGGGAUUCACUGGCAGCAACUGCGAAGUUGAUAUUGAUGACUGCAAAAUUGACAGUUGCCC